UCACUUUGUCUUCUUCCCCAAUCCUCACUCGAGCUCGCUCUCGCAUCUCUAAUGGCGUUCCCCUCCCCACUCCCAUGGAACCCUCCUCUUCAUCUUCGUCCUCCUCCAUCUCCCUCCUCCUCUCCUCUCUUCUCCUCGUAUCCUCUCCUCCCUGCGCCACAAAGGCACAGUGUUCUCUCCUAUCGCUCCAAUCCUCACAGAAUCGACGCGUAUAUCUCCUUCCACGCUCUCCAAAACCCUAACGAAGAGGAUUACUACCCACAAUCCCAAUCGCAAUCCGCUACAUCCGAGGCCACGGCUAAGGAGAUGAAGACGAAGAAGAAGAAGAAGAAGAAGAAGCUUCGGCCUAACUUCUAUGACCAAACCUUAGAGCGGUGGUCCGUGAAGAUCUCUUCUCAACGGUCGCGAUUCCCGUGGCAGGAGAAGAGGUCGGAAGAGGAGGAGAACGGUAGCUCAUUUCCCAUUCCAAUUUCUCAUUCGUCCUUUGAUUUGUUGGAGGAUUCCUCUGCUACAGGUAAAUCCAUCGACCCCACGUUAGCAUCUGCAACUAAAUUUAGGAGUAGUCGAUUGGAUUCCGAAUCAAAGAGUCGGUUGGAUUUGAUAGCGGAAAAAUUGAAUGAGAAUAUUGGUGAUACGAAUGAUGAUCUUAAAUUGAGCUCUGAGAGGACCUCUCUGCGUUCCAUGGAUGAAAAUCCUAAGAAUGCUAACCCUGUGGAUACUUAUUUGGGGAUUCGCUCGACGCAUGCUCCUUGGGUCCAUGGAGCUAAACUUAGACAAACCCAUUUGGAUUCCGAGGAUGAAACUGAGAAGGGAUUAGCUGAUUUAGGGUUUGAAAGAGAGGAAGAGACACGGGGAGGCCUUUUGCUGAAUGGAAACCGAAAUGCCCUUUUGGGACAAAGCAAGUCUAAUCGGAUGUUGGAUGUCGACAGAACUGAUUGUGUAGAUAAAUACAAGAGGAAGAGCUCACUGAUCACUGAAGGGUUCAAUGUUUCUCCAAGAGAUGAUGUAAAUAAUUCCAUUAAACACUAUCAGGAUUCUGAAACGACCAGUCAUGUUCGAUCAGGAGGUCAUCAUUAUAAUGUAGGAAGUCAGCAGCGCAGUACUAGUGAGAUAGUGGAGAAGCUUAGGAAUUCGAUGCACAUAAAGAAGCUACCCAAUAAAGAUAAUGGCGUUCCAAUUGAUAAAUCUGGUGAGGGGUAUGGUUCUGAUUCUGACCAGAAUAUCGCUGAGUUCAUGGGUCCAGAUUCAUUGCCAUGGGGAAGGAAGAGAGAUUCUAGUGGCGGGGAACAUAUUGGUAGUAGGAAGAGCAACACUGAACUGGCAGAGAGAACCAUCCCAGAGAAUGAGCUGCGAAGGCUUAGGUAUGCUGCAUUAAGGAUGAAAGAGAGGAUGAAGGUGGGACCUGCAGGCGUUACAGAGGCUGUGGUAGAGAGCAUACAUGAGAAGUGGAGGGAAGCUGAGGUGGUUAAAUUGCGGUUUGAAGGUGCACCGAGUCUGAACAUGAAGAGGACACAUGAGAUUUUAGAGAAUAAAACUGGAGGUCUUGUGAUUUGGAGAUCUGGAAGAUCACUUGUGUUAUUUAGGGGAAUGAGCUAUGAACUUCCUUGUGUGCAAUCAUACCCUAAAGUAGCUAAUACUGAGUCUAAUCCCAAAUACACUCAUUCCACAGUUGAUUGUACAGAUAAUGUUGAUGGGAAUAAGAUGGAGUCAUGUAGCAUUUCAAGUAUCUCUGAUGCCAAGCCUACUAUGGCUUUUCUGAAUCCUUAUAAGGGAUUUACAGAUACAUCUAAAAUCGACAGUUUGUUGGAUGAGUUGGGCCCAAGAUUCAAGGAUUGGUCGGGCCGAAUGCCAGUUCCUGUUGACGCUGACUUGCUUCCUAGCGUAGUUCCUGGUUACAAACCACCAUUCAGGCUACUUCCAUACAAGACUAAACGAGCUCUAGGAAAUAGGGACAUGACUUAUCUGCGUAGACUGGCCAGAACAAUGCCUCCUCACUUCGCUCUAGGAAGAUACAAGCUGCACCAAGGCUUAGCUAGUGCUAUGGUGAAGUUAUGGGAAAAAAGUACUAUUGCAAAGAUAGCUAUAAAGCGCGGCAUACCAAAUACAUCUAACGAGAGAAUGGCAGAAGAAAUCAAGAAAUUGACAGGGGGAACACUUCUUUCUAGGAACAAAGAAUAUAUUGUAUUCUACAGGGGAAAUGACUUCAUAAUGCCCUCAAUCCGUGAUGUGUUGAUAGAGAAACAACAGCUAGCCACUGUACAACAGGAUGAGGAAGAGUUAGCUCGGUUGAAAGCAUCAGCUUCUCUUAUGUCGAAAGCGAAAGCUUCAAAGGGUCCAUUAGUCGCCGGUACUCUUAAAGAAACUGUUGAAGCAAAUUCUCGGUGGGGAAACCCAUUAAGCAGCAAAGCAAGGGAAAAAAUGAAGAAGGAAUUGACACUAGCAAAACAUGCAUCUCUAGUGAGAUUCCUUGAGAGAAAACUAGUCUUUGCAAAAGCAAAGGUUGCAAAAGCAGAGAAAGCUUUGGCCAAAGUGCAAGAAUACUUAACUCCAGCAGAGCUUCCAACUGAUUUAGAAACUGUUACUGAUGAGGAGCGUUUCUUAUUUCGCAAGAUGGGCCUCAAGAUGAGAGCCUUUUUACUAGUUGGGAAGAGAGGGGUUUUUGAUGGAACAGUACAAAACAUGCACCUAAACUGGAAGCAUAGAGAGCUAGUCAAAAUUCUUGUGAAUGGAAAAAACUUUGCGCAAGUAAAGCAUCUAGCAAUCUCUCUUGAGGCUGAGAGUGGGGGUGUGUUGAUUUCGGUUGAUAAAACUACCAAAGGUUAUGCAAUCAUUGUUUACCGUGGAAAGAACUAUCAGCGUCCGCAGACUUUGAAGCCCAGGAAUCUGUUGACAAGGAGACAGGCCUUAGCACGCUCUAUAGAACUGCAGAGACGGGAGGCAUUAAAUCAUCAUAUUUCAAAUUUGCGGGAACGAAUUGAGAUGCUGAAGUCUCAGCUAGAUCAGAUGAAGGCUGAUAAGGAUUUUGAGGAUAAAGACUUAAUUUUGCGAGUUGAUGACGCUUUAUUGGAAGAUGAUAACGUUGAGGUUGAAGGUGAAGAGGCCUAUCUGGAAACAUAUAGCAGCGGAGACGAGGAAGAUGAUGCUGCUUUCACAGAUAUGGCUUAGAGUGAGAUGCUAUUGAAACUAGUCGUCAAGUGGCGAGUGCUGAAUGAAAAUUCUGUCUGGUAAAGAUUUAAAAGCAUAAACGAAAACAACAAACCUAAGAUUUUGUGGUUACAGCUCUUAGUUGUGUCACAAAACCCGAGGAUGAACAUGGAGAUUUUCAGAGCCAAGCAAGCAUGGAUGCCGUAAAGGGACGCAGCACAAAACUUGUACAAGGACAACAAAUAUCCAUAUGGUAUAAUUAUAUUCACCCCCCUUUGUGUUGCAAGUUCAUCUUCUCCGUAAUUGCAGCAGCCAUGCAUGUGUAGCAAUUUUACUUUCGCUACUUGGAAAAACCACAAAAAUCAUGCAAGUUGCUCUUUCCAACAAUUUCGAACAUA